CAUUCAUGAGAAUCGGAUAGGGUGUGCGAUGUGGAAACUACGCUGAGAAACCUUGUUGCCAGCUUCUCUUAUCGUGACAUUACGAGGUUUUUUCUUUUUAUGUGACGCCUUUAAAAGCUCGCCGUUGAAUGUGAUUUGGCUAUCCCCACAAUGUCUAGAAGUGGAUGGUCCAAGCGUUCAAAGUCAGGGGCACUACCAGGCCUGGCUGAGCCUCCUCAGGGUCAAGGUGUCCAUGUUUACCUCUUUUGGACCCAGGAAGGAGAGCGGUAUCUGUCCCACACAGCUGGAGAGGUCACAGCAGAGGAGCUGUGCAUCUCGGCCGCAGAGGCUGUAGGGAUAACGCCUCUGUGCCAUGUGUUGUUCGCUCUGUACAACCCACUGUCUCGCUGCUGGUACAGUCCAAACCACAUUUUUAGUCCAGAGGAGAACUCCAGCCGCAUUGUAGUUCACUACUGUAUGAGGUUUUACUUUCGGAAUUGGCAUGGACUACAUGAGAAGGAGCCGACUGUGUCCCGCUGUGCUUUCAGAUCUGUGACAGAUCAAGGGGGUUCCCCUCUGCUUGAAAUCACUUCCUUGGAGUAUUUAUUCUCCCAGGGUAAAUAUGAAUUUGUGAACGAAAUCGUACAAAUGGAAGAUGUUGAGUCAGACGACGAGCUAAGUCGCUUCAAAAACGAGAGCUUAGGGAUGGCUGUACUUCAUCUUUCACAUCGGGCAAUACAAACAGGGUCCACCUUACAAGAUGUGGCGGAAAAAAUCGGCUUUGUGCGCUGCAUUCCUAGGUCAUUUGCUAAACACAUCUCUAAAGACAACUUCCUGACUAAAAUCAGGAUCCGACGAGUGUUUACAGACUUUGUGCGAUCUUUCCAGCAGCAUACUGUUGACAGGGGGCGGCUGGGCACUCAGGAGAUCAUGUAUAAGUACAUUGCUACGCUCGAACACUUGGCACCACGUUUUGGCACAGAGACCUUUCCCGUAUCCCACCUGGAACUGAGCGAGGACGGGGAUGGAAGCAGCUCUUACUCCACUACCACCCAUGCCCAAGGUGUCUCAAAAGACAACUUCAGAGCUCCAGCCACACAUGAAAUAAUGGUGUCUGGCACCAAAGGGAUUCAGUGGAGGAAGAUGUCCAUCCAGAAGGCGCAGGCCAACUCUUACCUAAGAAAUGACUACAUGAACUACACCAAGAAAACAAAACAACAGUCCAGCCAGUCGAAUGUGAACACUCCCAAUGAAUGGACUUCCUUCUGUGAUUUCCCUGAAAUAAGUCAUAUAGCCAUCACUGGAGUUAAUGUGUGCAUUAGCACUCAGGACAACAACUGCAUGGAGGUUCAGAUGAACUCCAGCCAGGAGGCCCAUUCCUUCAUCUCCCUCCUAGAUGGAUACUACCGGCUGACUGCAGACGCCCACCACUAUCUUUGUCAUGAAGUGGCUCCCCCAAGGGUAGUACUGAGUGAAAUAAAUGGACUACAUGGACCUAUGCAGGAUGAUUUUGUGCUACAGAAGCUGAAAAAGGAGACAGCAGAGGAGGGAGCUUUCCUUGUACGUUGGAGUGCUCUCGACUAUAACCGCAUCAUCCUAGCUGUCCUGAACAAGAACGAGAAUGGAUCGACGCUGAGCCACAAGCAGUUUCGGAUUCAGCAUAAGGCUUCGAUGUUCUGUCUGGAGGGCUGGGAUCGAGAAUUCUCCACUGUGAAGGAGCUCACAGACAGUCUCAAGACCUUCGUACUCAAGUCUGGUUCGGACAGCUUUACUGUCAAAAAAUGCUGUUUGCCAAGACAAGGAGAGCCAUCCAACCUUCUGGUGAAGAGGCAAGGUGUCAAUAACCAAGUUCAAACUGACUCCUUUUCCCUGAACCUGACACAGCUACGCUUCCACCAGAUAAAGGACAAAGAGAUCAUACAGGAACAGCAUUUGGGCCGCGGGACCCGAACGAACAUCUACUCAGGACGUCUGAUGGUGCGCGGCGGAGGAGGCAAUGAUGAGGACGAUGAGUUCAACAACAACAACUUGGCUGACCGCAAAGGGAUACGAGUGGUUCUCAAGAUUCUAGAUCAGACCCAUAAAGAUAUUGCACUAGCAUUUUUUGAAACCGCAAGUCUCAUGAGCCAAGUAUCCCACCGUCACCUGGUGUUUGUACACGGUGUAUCAGUGAAAGGAUCUGAAAACAUCAUGGUCGAAGAGCUUGUGGAAUUUGGGCCUUUGGAUGUUUUCCUUCGCAGAGAAAGGGCUUCAGUGACUCCUCAGUGGAAGUUCAUCGUUGCAAAACAACUUGCCAGCGCCCUCAAUUAUCUUGAGGCCAAAGGGCUGGUUCACGGAAAUGUCUGUGCCAAAAACAUUCUGGUGGCGAGGCGCGGACUUGAGCAUGGUACUACUCCUUUUGUCAAGCUGAGUGACCCAGGAAUUUCCCUGAAUAUCCUUUCACGGGAAGAGUACACAGCGCCAGUUGUUGUGAAACCAGAGCGUCUUGAGCGCAUCCCAUGGAUUGCUCCAGAGUGCGUCGGCAGCGACGCACCCAUCGGCAAUGCUGCUGACCAGUGGAGCUUUGGUGUCACGCUGCUCGAAAUCUGCAACAAUGGCGAUCUUCCCAUGAGUGGCAGCACAUUGUCUGAGAAAGAGUGCUUUUAUCAGCAAAGGGGCCGAUUAGCUGAACCGUCCUCCCAGGAGCUAGCCCGCUUCAUCAGCAUGUGUCUGACCUAUGAGCCCGUGGAGAGGCCAUCGUUCCGCUGUGUGCUCAGAAAGCUCACAGAACUCAUGAUCAAAAAUCCUGAUAUAUCUCCCAGCGAAACUCUCCCUGACACAGACCCCAGUGUGUUCCAUAAACGCUACCUGAGAGAGUUGCGGGUUUUAGGAGAGGGUCAUUUUGGAAAGGUGACUCUAUACUUGUAUGACCCCACCAACGAUGGGACAGGAGAACGCGUGGCAGUGAAGGCUUUGAAACAAGAAAAUGGUCAUGUGCCUGAGGGGUGGAUGAAGGAGAUUAAGAUCUUGAAGUCCCUUUAUCACAGCAACAUUGUGAAAUAUAAGGGCUGUUGUACUGAAAUGGGAGGACAAGUGGUGCAGCUGAUAAUGGAGUACCUUCCUUUGGGGAGUCUGCGAGACUACCUUCCCAAACGCAAACUGGGUGUCCCUCAGUGCCUUCUGUUUGCUCAGCAGAUCUGUCAGGGGAUGGAGUACUUGCACUCAAAACGAUACAUCCAUCGAGACCUAGCCGCUCGUAAUGUCUUGGUGGAAAAUGACAGUGUGGUUAAGAUUGGAGACUUUGGCCUGACGAAGUACAUCCCAGAAGGAGAGAUCUACUAUCGUGUUCGGGAAGAUGGGGACAGUCCAGUGUUCUGGUACGCCAUCGAGUGCUUGAAAGAGAGCAAAUUUUCCUUUUCCUCUGACAUUUGGUCUUUUGGAGUUACGCUGUAUGAGAUCCUGACCCGCUGUGACCAGCGCCAAAGCCCUCCAAAUAAAUUCUUUGAAAUGAUGGGGUCGGCCCACGGACAGAUGACUGUGAUGGUGCUCAUAAAACUGUUGGAGAAACAGACCCGAUUGCCUUGUCCCAGAGAGUGCCCACAUGAGGUGAAGAUCCUAAUGGACCAGUGUUGGGCUGCAGAGCCUGCACAACGGCCAUCAUUCAGAACCCUCAUCGAGAAGUUUGAGGCUAUUCGCCGAACAUACGACUGGCAGUCUAAUAUAAACUUUUCCAUGGCUCAGGUUUGCUGAUUGGGACUCAGUGAAGAGCCACUUGUCUACACGUCAUCAUGUAACAACCGUAUAUUACAGCUGAAAAUGUGUUUCCUGCUGUGUAAUGCCUGCUGCCUCCAUUUACGCGACCUGAAUCAGAAUUGAAAAAAUCUGAUUCCAUAUGAUUUUUUUUAUUUGCUCUUCACCCUGUUAUGAAAAAAAAAAGCGAUUUGGGCCGCUUUUACCUGCACUCUGAAUGUAGCCAUAUUCCUGAUAGACUUCUCUUUUUAUAAAAACACACUGCUCUCCUCUCUUAUGUGCUAUUAAUGCAACAGUAAACUCAGUCUGUGUAUUUUGAGGGGGAAAGGUGAUGUCAGCAACAGAGUGUCAUUCCAUGUAUUUCUAAAGUUAAAGGUUUGCAUAUGUCACAGUAAGUAUUAAGAAUAUAUGUAAGGUCGGGAGAAUACUAUCUUUUAUGUUUAUUGUUUGUACAUAUUUGACUGUAGGUCAAAUACAGUCAAAUAUUUGACUGUAUUUAUAUGCAUUUAAUUUUUUAUGAAUGAAAUUGUCAAUCUAAUAAACCAUUUUCCACA